CUCUGUUGGAGAUGGCGACAAUGGAGAUCACUGAGGAAAUCAUCCAAGAACUCAGACAUCGGUUCGAAGAGUCUGCGAUAAAAUGCUCAGAGCGAUGUCUAUACCAAUCAUCAAAAUGGGCAGCGGAGAUGCUAGACUCUCUUUUACCUGUCGACCACGAAGACACCGACCCUGAAUCCCCAAUGGAUUUUGCAGAACCUCCUCUCCCACCCAUAAACCCAUAUUUAGGCGCGCAAGACCGUACCGAAGCGGCCUUGGAAGCCCGAGAAUCCCACAAAUACCUCCUAGCCAAAUCCUAUUUUGACACUCGAGAAUAUGACCGCUGUGCGGCCGUGUUUCUACCUCCAACUACACCUCCAGUACCUCUCUCUGUGUCUUCUCCCAACUCGAAAUCGAAACAACCUCGCACAUCUCUCAAGGGCAAAGAGAAAUCAUCACCAUUCCAAGCCUCAAAGGGCCAACCGCGGAGGAAUCCAUACCCAAAACUCAGUCAAAAAUCGCUAUUCCUUGCAUUGUACGCGAAAUUCAUGGCAGGCGAGAAGCGCAAGGAUGAGGAAACCGAGAUGGUGUUGGGCCCUGCGGAUGGCGGAAUGGCAGUCAAUCGAGAGCUCCCAGACCUUGCCCGCGGCUUGGAAGGCUGGCUCAUGGAGCGAAGUGCUCAGGGACUUGCCGAUCAGGGACAGGGGUGGCUCGAAUAUCUUUACGCCAUUGUUUUACUGAAGGGCCGAAAUGAGGAACUGGCGAAGAAGUGGCUCAUCCAGAGUGUGCACCAGAACCCAUUCCAUUGGGGGGCUUGGCAAGAGCUGGGUGAUCUUUUGGCCAAUAACGAAGAUUUGAAACAAAUCGUGGACCGUCUGCCAAAGAAUCUCAUGACUUUAAUUUUCCACACUUACAGCAGCCAGGAGCUUUAUCAAACUACACCCGAGACAUACAAAGACCUUCACCAGCUUCAAACAUUGUUCCCUACCAACGCAUUUCUCCAGACUCAAGAGGCGCUUCUUUAUUACCAUGAUAAAGACUUUGACAAAGCGGCGGAAAUAUUUAAUGAAAUCCUGGCUACAUCUCCACACCGGCUGGAUAGCCUUGACCAUUACUCCAAUAUACUAUACGUCAUGGGUGCACGGCCUCAACUGGCUUUCGUCGCUCAGAUUGCGAUUGCCACCGACAAAUUCCGCCCUGAGACUUGUUGCGUUGUGGGCAACUAUUAUUCCCUGAAAUCCGAACACGAGAAAGCUGUUAUGUAUUUCCGCCGUGCACUGACGCUCGAUCGAAACUUUUUGUCGGCUUGGACCCUUAUGGGCCACGAAUACAUUGAGAUGAAAAACACCCAUACCGCCAUCGAAUCAUACCGUCGUGCUGUUGAUGUCAACCGCAAAGAUUAUCGCGCUUGGUACGGUCUCGGCCAGGCAUAUGAAGUCCUCGACAUGUCCUUCUACGCGCUCUUCUACUACCAGCGAGCAGCCGCCCUCCAACCUUACGACCCAAAGAUGUGGCAGGCGGUAGGAUCGUGUUAUGCAAAGAUGGGCCGCGUCGAGCAAAGUAUCCAGGCCCUGAAGCGUGCCCUUGUUGCUGGAGCCUAUUAUGCAGAAGGGGGUCCAGGAGUUGGGUCAAGCCCUGGUCCAGGUGCACGCAAAAUUCUCGACGCAGAAACAUUACACCAGAUCGCAACUCUUUACGAGCGACUUGGCGAUGAAGAAGAAGCGUCCGCCUACAUGGAGUUAACCCUGCAACAAGAAUCGGGCGGUGCCCCCGUGAACGAGGAAGGAAACUCAGACGAUGAGGAUGAGUACUCCUCUGCUUCUGAGCAUGCUACCCACAGCGAUGAAGCUGAGAAUUCUGGCGAUGAUGACGACGUACCUAGGCGGCGUCGCCGGAAGCCCCGUCCUCGGAACUCAUCGUUUGCUAUGCAAAAUGAUGAAUCUACUUCUAGUGAAACAUGGCAUCAUGGUACUGGUCCUACGGCGACUACAUCUAGGGCGCGCUUGUGGCUGGCACAAUAUGCUCUGCGCCAUGGUGACCUAGAUCGCGCGGAUCUGCUAGCAGGAGAACUUUGCCAAGAUGGGUUUGAAGUAGAAGAGGCGAGAGCGCUAAUGAGUGAUGUUCGGGCUAGACGGGAAGGUGGUGGCUAG